UGAGCGUCGGCAAGGAGGCGGGAAAUGGCGUCCAGAGGCGCAGCGGAGAGGUGGACGGACAUUCCCUGAAUACGGCUGACUAGAGACGGCUUAGAGACAGCGGGCCACCCCCCCCGCGCUACAGCUACCAGGCAAACCCAGCCUCCGCGGCGACGAGAUACUGCUGCCCUUAGCACUCUUACAUGCAACGGUCAAGACGAUGAGGCUGAGAAUGCGUAAGGCUUCUCAGCAGCCGAGUCCUGCCCAUGCUCCCCGCCCAUCCAGGACCAAGCGGAGACAUUCGGAAGUGGAGGAGUGCACCCCAACGGGCGGGGGCAGAAUGGAGAAGAGUGAUACAGGGCUCCUUUCUACCAUCAAGAAGUUCAUCAGAGGAAAUGCUGUUAAGGUGGAGCAUGAGAACCCAGCCAAGCGGAGCUGCAUUGACCACCACCUAGAUGAAGACCUCAUCUCCUCCACGCCACAGUCAGCUGAUGCACUUGGCACACCCAUCCCAAGGGCCCGUCGGAGAGGGCCCGUCAAUGGAGAUGCCACCAACCAUGGUCCAAACAAACCAGCAAAGCCCAAUGGAAAACUGAAGGAGUCAGGGGAGGCUGUGAGCAGUCCCCCUCGCACCACUCUUUUGGGAACUAUUUUCUCUCCAGUGUUCAACUUCUUCUCCCCAGCCAGCAAAAAUGGCACAUCAGGCUCAGACUCCCCUGGCCAGGCAGUGGAAGCAGAGGAGAUUGUGAAGCAGCUUGAUAUGGAACAGGUGGAGGAGACCCCAACCAGCACAGCCACGUCCACAGAGACCACAAGUAUUCCUCUGUACCCUGGUAGCCAGGCCCUGUCCCUUCCCUUGCGAUCCCUGGCCCCCUCUGAUGGAGCUGUGGAGGAGGGGGAGAUGGUAACAGGCACUGACCUGCCACCUCUCACUGCCCCUGGAUCCACUGCAGACAGCAGCUACUCAGAUGCCCCACCUGCAGCCCCUGCAGAGGGCGCUUAUGAGGAGGACUGGGAGGUCUUUGACCCGUACUUCUUCAUAAAACAUGUGCCUCCGCUGACUGAGGAACAACUGACCCGCAAGCCAGCGCUCCCACUCAAGACCCGCAGCACACCUGAGUUCUCCCUUGUCCUGGACCUUGAUGAAACGUUAGUGCACUGUAGCUUGAACGAGCUGGAAGACUCGGCUCUUACCUUCCCAGUCCUCUUUCAAGACGUCAUAUACCAGGUGUAUGUGCGACUAAGGCCGUUCUUCAGAGAGUUCCUUGAGCGAAUGUCUCAAAUCUACGAGAUAAUUCUCUUCACUGCCUCUAAGAAAGUGUAUGCUGACAAACUGCUAAACAUCCUGGAUCCCAAGAAGCAGCUUGUCAGGCACAGGUUAUUCCGUGAGCAUUGUGUUUGUGUACAAGGAAAUUACAUUAAAGACCUGAACAUUCUCGGGAGGGAUUUGUCCAAGACUGUAAUAAUUGACAAUUCACCUCAAGCCUUUGCCUAUCAGCUUUCCAACGGGAUUCCCAUUGAGAGCUGGUUCAUGGAUAAGAAUGACAAUGAACUCCUGAAACUGGUUCCUUUCCUGGAAAAGCUAGUUGAACUGAAUGAGGACGUACGACCUCACAUCCGGGAACGCUUUCGUCUGCAUGACCUCCUGCCACCGGACUGAGCCAAACAUGUGAGGAUAAAGCAAGUCAAGCUCAUAGCAGCCUAAAAACUUUGGAUUACAAAAUUGCCGUCACUGUUGGAAAUUUUACCUUUUUUUAAAAAAAAAAAAUCCUACAUUGCUUUAAAAAAGAGUCAGAUUUUUUGAAGCAACACCUCUAAUUAUAGAAAUUUUUAAAUAACAGAUAAAUGUAUAAAUAUAUAUAUAUAAAUAUAUUAUAAAUAUACUCGCCUAACUGUAGACAAGACCAAGAAAGUUUCUCAGCUUUGACUGGCAUUUUUCCUCUUUGGAGCAGUUCCUUACUUUGCCUGGCAGUGGCAGAGUGUGGUGGUGUCAGUGGUGCUGCUGCUGGUGCAGACGGACUGCGCUGCACUGCGCUGCGCACUAAGGGACUGCCCUCACUAUGAUUGGUGCUUCGAGUGGGACUGUUGACACUCACUGGCUACAGACUCAACAGGAAUUGCCAGUAAAAAGACAUGUACAUAUACAUUUCCCUUUCAGAUUUUUGAAACUUUUUUUCUUUAGCCGAGGAGUAUGCAUUCCUUUUUAGUUUAAACGCUUUUUUAGACUUUGGCAAUAGAUUUAGUAUUUUACCUAAUGCUUUUUGCCAUUUCCCCUCAUCUGUCUGCCUGAAAAAUAUGUAUUUUUAUGGGGAAGGGCAAUGUGACUAGUUAAUCCAAGUCAAAUCAAAACAUGAAUUUUAUGUAGUUUCUGUAUCAAGAUAUUCCAUUAUAGUUCAAGAGAAGUAUUCUGUAUGAAAUAGUGUGGUUGAAGAAAUCAUGAUGCAGUAGAUGUCUAAACCAUGGUGAAGGCUUUAUCAUGACAAGAAUCUUCAGUGUCCAAGUAUCCCAGUUAGGCUUACACCAAGCUCCAGUCGUGUGUCCAGCUCCCACCAGGAUACCGCAAGGGCAAGUGACGCACACUCCUCUGGUCCUAUGCUCCCCUGCCAGUUGCACAGCAGCUGUCUUCAUACAGUGCAGGAGAGCUAGUGCUGAAUGGAGGAUGGAUGUAUCACACUGCAGGCAGCUGAUAGCCCACUGGUAUCUGAGGAGACUUCUAGAAUGCCCACCUUCUCUCCCCAGGGAAUAAAGUAUCUUAAGCCAACCUUACCCUUCCAUUAUAUCCACAGGCCUAUAUGGUCUGGAGGGGAGAGUUUCUGAAAGAAAACAGACCAAUGUAGCGUGGGCUGGCCAGUUGGUUUCCUUUUCACCUGUUGGAAACUCUGUAGCGCCCAUAUGUUGGUGGCACACUUCAUCAGCACAGCUGAACGCAAUCUUAUUUCCCCCCUCCAGCCUUGGUUUGUAACUUUGGGAAGUCUUUUUUUUCUUCCGGAUGAGUCUCCUGUCUGCUUCAGAGUGCUGACUUUCUACUUGUUUCACAUUCUCUUGGUUGUCAAUGUCGCCUCUUGGUCCAAGGGCCACAUACAUUUCAUGAAAAUGUGGUUCUUCAUAUAGAAGGGUGAGCUUUUGCCUGUUACUGCAAAAAUAUGCACGUAUUGUUACUGUAGGAGUCAAGAUGCAAGGAGAAAGUUGCUGGUUUAAGCUCCCCUCCCCACCACUGUUGUAGUACCAUAAUGCAAGGUACUUGCCCAGUGUUCCUCUUGCAGAAUGCCCAGCUAAGUGAAUGUCACCUAAGCAACAAAGUUGUAAUUAUGUAUGUUUUCUUCUUAACCUUUCUGUGCUCUCUCCACUUUGAGUGUUGCACAAGGGGUUGUAUAAUCCUGAUUUGUAUUUUAUUUAUUUUAACCUUCCACAACUAUUGUUAGAAAGUGUGAAGCCCCCAGAACAUGCAGUUUACUUUUAGCGUGCAAGUGGGUGACAAUCAAAAACGAACAAAACAACCCGAAGCUCUCAAAAUUUGUAUAGGGAUGGGGGGUGGGGAGGACCUGUUAACACUUUGGUUUUUUCCUGACUUGGUUUUUCCUUUGUUGUCUUAAGGUUUGUUCACAUUAAAGCAGUUAGGAAAAUUACACACCAGCCAAAGGAAAACACUGAAAAAUUUUUGGAUAUGACCCUUGUUUGGGAACCCUGGGCAUCAGACUGUGUGGAUGAGUAAAACCUUAAAAAUCAUGGUGGAAAUUACUUUGGAAGGCAUCAUUAAAGGCAAUAUCUUAUUUCAGACAGGAGAUUGUAAUGUGGUUCGAUGAAGAAUUUUAUAUUAUUCGGGAGUAGUGGAUGAUCAUUGUUUAUUCACUGGGAGGUGAGGGACAAAACACUCCAUCUAUCCUUAGUGUGUCUGUGUAAUGGGAACACACAAAAUACCAGCAGUGUUUCUUCUGAAAGUGUAACUUUCAAAAUGUCACGGAACAUGUAACGUCUAACCAUGGGUGCAGGCUGACUUUUGAAAUGUAUUUCUGCCUCGUUCCCAUCGCAUCCCUUUUAACCCUUCGGUAAACUCCAAAUAUGCAAGCUCUGACCUCCCUGUAAAGCCCAGAGAUUUUGCCCAUCUGCACCUGUGCUGACCCCUGGGGUGAGGUGUGAAGAUGGGGCUGGGGAAGGACCUCCCCUUCUUUAUUGGGUUCUGGCACUUUUCUUAUGAAGAGCUAGCUCAUUUUAUAUGAUUGUUAAAAGACUAGUAGAGAUUUUAUGGAGAAAGAUGGGGGUGGGGAAGUAUUUCAAAUGUACAACCAGUUAAUGUUUUAUUUGUAGUACUUGUUUUACUGUACAAUGGUGUUGUACAAAAUAAAUGCAGCUUCAUUUUAUAAAAAAA